CCUGCGGUGUCCUGGCCAUCGACAAGGCCAGGGAGCCCAUCACGCUGGUGCUGGCAGAGGAUGGGACCAUUGUGGACGAUGAGGAUUAUUUCCUGUGUUUGCCAGCCAACACCAUGUUCGUGGCACUGGCCAAGGAUGAGAAAUGGUCCAGCAGAAGCUCAGACAGGGGAACGUCCUGGCUCUCGGGAGCUGCGGAUGAAGUGGACAGUGGUGCAGAGAGGUGGAAGCAGCUGGCCAGGCAGCUGAAGGAUGACCUGUCUAACAUCAUCCUGAUGUCUGAAGAAGACCUCCAGGUGCUUAUCGAUGUGCCACGCUCAGACCUGGCAGAAGAACUUGGCCAAAGUGAAACCAAAGUCCAAGUGCUGCAGGACACCCUUCAGCAGGUGCUGGACAGACGGGAGGAGGAACGUCAGUCACGGCAGCUCCUGGAGCUCUAUCUCGAGGCCCUGAAAACUGAAGACAGUGUCUUAAGCAAAGCAGCAGAACCUGAGGCUGCACCAAGAAAGGAGAUGGAUGUGGUUGACACCGGCACCAGCAGCACAGGCCCUUCAGCCACAACAGCACUGAGUGAGCAGAUCCUUACUGUUCUGAAGGAGAAACCUGCUCCAGAGCUCUGCUUGGACAGUCAGGAUCUAGAGCUGGUGCUGAAGGAGGACACAGCAGCCCUGGCCUCAGCUCUGAGGUGGGACAAGCAGGAGGCUGGAGCCCUGCAGGAAUCCUGUGACCAGGAGCUCUCCAAGCGCCUACAGCAAGUGCAGACGUUGCAUUCCCUACGGAGCACAUCCAAGGGCAAGAAAUCCCUGCCCUCGGGGGACUGGCCCAGCUCAAAACGCAAGAAAUGA